AUGGUUUUGCAGAGAGUCGAGAGCGCCUGCGUGCACGUGGUCGAGACAGGCGAACUUGCGGGAAAAAUCGGCCGCGGAAUUCUCUGUCUCCUCGGCAUGGGCGUUGAGGAUCAAUGGGAAGACGCCGACUACUGCAUUCGCAAGUGCUUGAAGGCAAAGCUAUGGGACGAUUUAAAUGACCCGUCGAAAACCUGGGCGUCUUCCGUCGUAGACAGAGACUACGAGGUUCUCGUCGUUUCACAAUUCACACUCAUGGGGCAUCUCAAGAAGGGAACCAAACCGGAUUUCCAUGCAGCGAUGGGCCCUGAACAGGCUCGCACUAUGUUCGAGAAGAUCGUGGCAGAGAUGAGGCGCCAACAUAAGGCGGAGAAAAUACAAACCGGGAAAUUCCAAAACUACAUGCGCGUUGAACUUGCCAAUGACGGCCCCGUCACCAUCAUUGUCGACUCGUCGCAGGCGCAACUCCCGAAAAUUAAAGAACGGAAACUGCCUGCCGUGAAGGCCGCUCCCGAUCCUGCCUCGUCUGUGUCUCCCUCUUCGCCUUCUGCAAAUGGAGACGGAAAGGGAGACAACGCGCCUGGCUCCGGAGGCCAGGGAUGCCUGAAAGAGACAGCGGAAUCGGCGCGCAAACGCGAAGAUGUGCAAAGUGGGCAGGACGAGGCAAAAGCGAGGGCGUGA